ACUUUUGCUUUCAGUCUGAAGGCCAUCGUCAAGCCGAGUACACACGCUGGAGUCAAAAUGCGCCAAGAGGCUAUUUUUGUGUGCGCGAUUUUGUGUACGCUCGCUUUAGCCGACGACACGUGUCCGGAUUUCUCCUCAAAGAAACCCUUUGACGCUGCAAAGUUUGCAGGAACAUGGCACACGCUGGCCUACAUUGAACACCCAACUCACACGGGACCCAUGAAGUGCGGAAAAGUUGAAGUGACCCACAGCAAAAACGGCGCGGGAAAGACAACGCUGAACUACAAGUACGACUACUUCGAGAACGGCAAACGCAACGUGGCGUACAAACUUUCGCAGGCUCUCCACCCUGAGACCCCCGGACGGCUGCAGAGCACGUGGCGCAUGGAAGGCGAAACCACCUGGUCCAAUGCUUACGAGUCCAGCGUGAUUGCCACUGACUAUGAAAAUUAUGCCGUCGAAGUUCUCUGCGCCUAUUAUUAUAUUGAGCCACACAACGCCUUCAUCAGGUCUUAUUACGCACAAAUUCUUGGUCGCAAGACUUCCCUGCCUGCGGAUACUCUGAAAACUCUCAAAGAAAUCCUCACCAAUUAUGAUAUCCCGCAGAAUAUCAUCAGAGACCUUGACAACAGCAACUGCGCUAAUUAAUUGAAAGGAAAAAAAAUAUUGUCUUCUAUUUCUUGAAAUAAAGUUUAAAAAAAUUAUGAAAAA